GCCGUCAAUCCCUUAACCAUCUGAUCAUGGCAACUACUCGUUUUCAGACCAUGUUGAUUGUGCUGACCUUUACCGCUAUUGUUGCCGACUGCCUCACCAAUCCUAAUGGUCUGGUUCCCGACCUUGCCGACCAGGACACGGAGGAUAAUGCACAACCGUUUGUUCCUGAGGAGAUAAAUCUCCAUGCUGACGGGCUGAACGAUGCAGCGGAUGACGUCGUUUCUGUCUCCGAAAGCUGGACCAAGAUUCCAGGAGUUUUAAGAGACAUCUCAUCAGGUUACUGUGGGGUCUGGGGCACGAAUUACAAAUCCAUGAUAUACUAUCGCCACAACACUUACGGUAACACUAAUUCGUUUGGUGAUAAUUGGAUCCAAGAUAAAACUGGGAAUCUUGAAACCGUCAGUGUAGGUUACAACAGUGUCUGGGGCUUUAAUGCUCAUAGAUCUAUCUUUUAUCGUAACGGUAUCAGCGCUAGUAAACCCAUGGGUACCAGCUGGGUGUCCGUAUCUGGUAUAAAAGCUCUGUGUUUAAGUGUGAGCCAGAAGGGUCACGUGUGGGCCGUGGGAGGGGAUGCAAAGGUUUAUCAUAGAAAAGGGGCAAGCAAUACCAACAUAGCGGGAACAAGCUGGGUGGAGAUCAGUGGGCCAACAGAGAGGAUGGAUAUAAUUACUGUGGGAGAAGUAGGUGUCUGGGUGAGGGAUGUUCAAAAUUCUACCCUUUUUAACCGAAAAGGAACGUUCGGCGACCCAUCCUCAGACCCGGACGGGUCAGAGUGGGUAGCCUCAACAGAGGGCUUUUUCCUAGAGAGCCCCUUCCUUAGCUCGGGAGUUGACAGGCUUUACGCUGGCAAUUACUCAUAUUCGGCCACUUCCUAUUGGUAUGACGUUUGGUAUCUUUGUGGAGUGAGCGCCUCGAAACCAAUGGGUAAGAAAUGGGUCAAGGAGGAUGAAGCUGUGUCUAGGGGCUUGUACAAGCUCAGUUACCACAAAGAUGUGGCUUGGGGCCUCAGCUUUUCUGAUCAUGUUUACGCCAAGUCUGUAAGUGCGUGCACUUAAAUUAGUAUCCACAAUUUAACCCAGGAAGUAUGCCGACAAAACAACCACUGACAAGCAAGUUCAUAGUUUCAUAAAUUAAGUUCAAGUUGGAUUAAUAUAGGUGAACAGCGAUUGUUGUAAUUACAUUACAUAUUUGGACUGGAUUUUGUUUUAACCAAAAGUUAUCAUGAAAGAAAUCUGCAUUUUAGCAGUUUGCCUGGAAAACAAUUCUAUAAGCUAAUCCGAUGAUCGCAGACCUACUUCAUAGUUUUUCUUUUCAAAAUAAAGUGCGUUUUCCCAGGACAUUUCCAAAGCAUUUACGGCCAACGUGUCAGUAUAAAAAGUUAUGUUAUUCCUUAUGAUAACAAUGUCAGGAUUUUGUUCUUUUUCCUUUAACUUUUGCGAUUGCUUAUUAAAAUUGCCAAACUUCGAAAUUUUAUUAUAUUUGGGUGGUUAUGAUUUCGUUUGGAUACAAGAAUAUUAUUAAUGUUUUAGAAAAAAAAUAAGCAGCUCCAUUAUGAAAAAGAUAGCACAGUAGUCAACAUUCAAUAGUGACGCAAUGGAGUGUUAUCUCAAACUGUUAUAUUUAAUAAAUGAUAAUUUUAAUAUUGUCAACACCCUCCAGAGACUUUAGUUUUCGGAAUGUGUGAAAUGGUAGCUGUACCAUCGAGUAUGUGCAAAAACAUUCACACAGCAAAAGACACACUGUUAAUACUUCACAUUUUUGGGUGAAGGCGAUUUCAAUGAAAACCAUAUUUUCUCCCUGAAGAUGGAAGAAAAACAUCGAACCAGUUACGUAACAAAUCAUGAGUCAAUGAAUUGGACUGGAAACUAGUACAGGGUUUCAAUAAACGUGUGAAUUC